AUGAAAGUAAGAGUCCAAUCAGGGAACAAACCUGAUUUUCAUUUAGUAGAAUCACCACAGCUAAUGUGUGGAGAGAUAAAAAAAGAUGAUGAUCUUGUAACAGAUCAACAAAAUACCGGAAAACUAUUGCAAGAACUUUCAGAUGAAUUAGAAUUUGCUUUUGGUAGUCUACCAAAAGAUCAACAGCAAAUUAUCAUGGAGAUUGAAGCAACAGGAUACAAGAUUCAAAAAAAACGUGUUGGAAUUUAUGUAAUGCGUGUUUUAGGGAGUGGUGUUUAUCUUGGAAAUGAGAUUGAUAGUUUUGAGAUACCAACAAUCUUACAGGAUAUUGACAAGUUGAUAGAUGGGAUCCAAAAAGUGCUCACAAGUAAAGUACGGUUUGAAGAAUCUGUCAAGCGUAUUGAAAUUGGCAAGAAAGCUGUUGGUUCCUCUUUUCCAAGGUUAGCAUCAAAUUUAUCAGUAUCCAAUUUACCUGGAAAAUUCAUCAGAGCCACUAAUCACACACCCAAAAGAGCCUGA